AUGUUCUCCAGAUACACCAAUGGUAUCUACGGCGGCCGCGACAAGAUCUUGCUCAAGAAAGAGCUGCUCUCGGUUCUUGCGGAGCUGCUUGGCUCUCCCGCCGCGGGUCCUGCUGGGGUGCGCUGUCUCGUCGCCUGGAGCCUGUUUCGACAGCUGCUCGUCCACGCACAACUGCCACGGGAUACCACCCCCGAGAAAACGCAGUACGGCUGCUACCACCGGGUCCGCGAUGUCAUGGGCUUGGCACUAAACAGCCACUAUCUUCGAUCAGCGGUGAGCCACCAUGCAGUGUACAGAGCCUUGGACAUGUUUGCCAGAAUCCGCGAGGCCUUUGGUGCAGCAAUAAGGAACUCCAGUUGGCUCGUCGGCCAUGAGCGGGAUGUGGCCCUGCGAAAGCUGGCCAACAUGAAAGCCCUCGUCGGUGGCCCCGAGGAUAGGUGGGACGAGCACUACGUGGAGGAGUAUUACGAGGGGCUCCCGGACUCGCCGAGUGACCGCUUUUUCGACGUGUGGCUCAAGGCACGGUCGGUCUGCGCCCACCGCCUGUGGUCGGACCAGAGGAAGUUGGUGUUCGAUAUCACCAAGGUGAACGCCUACUACGAGGUUGAGACCAACCUCGUCAUCGUGCCGGCUGCCUUGCUACAGCCCAUAAUCUUCUUCCCCGACGGCAACGAGGCGUACAACUACGGGAACCUUGGGGAUAUCAUGGGCCAUGAGAUUAUGCAUGGUUACGACAUAGAGGGAGUGGAAUAUGACGACAAGAACCAGUUCAAGCCAUGGGGCACUCCACAGUCGCGCGAGCGCUACGUUCAAAACGUUAUGUGCCUGCGCAGUUCCCAUGAACAGGCGAAACGCCGCAAGCGCCAACUGGAGCUCAACGAUACGGUUGAUUCGGAGAACCUGGCGGACUUCGUGGGUGCAGCGAUUGCGUACGCCGCCUUCCGCAGCCUGCCGUCCUUCCACAGACACUGGACGCUGCCGGGUCUACACCUGACGGCCGACCAGCUUUUCUUCGUGGGCCGCUGCACAAAGACGUGCAAGCGGGCAGAGCGGACGACGACGAUGCGCUACGCAACCGCUAGAUCGCGCUGCAACGUGCCUUUGAUGCACAUGGUGGCCUUCUCGCGGGCGUUCCAUUGCCCGGUUGGGACGCGCAUGAACCCGCAGCACAAGUGCUCAUUCUGGGCCUGA